CGGUUCACGGCGGUGGCGACGUCCCCGUGAACCCGGCAGUAGUCGCAGCGGCAGCAGUGGCAGCUUACGACUCACUCCCUCCCCUCGCCUCCUCCACCACCACCACCACAACCACCACACAGCACACCACCACCACCACUACCACCACCACACAGCACAGCACAAGCAGCACACCACCAGCAGCACAGCAGCCGACCCCAGCUGGUGCAUCGCGAUGCACGCCGCGCGAUUCCCCGAGUCGCUCUACACGGACGCGUGCGCGCAGCUUGAAGCGCCUCGCUUGGAAGGCGGCUGGGAAUUCUUCGUCGAAUCAUCCGGCAUCAAGAUCCACCGCUUCUACAGAGAGCACUCGGGCCUCUACGAGUACAAGGUGUUUGGCGAUCUCCCGGACGCCGGGCCACAGCUCUACGCCGACGUCUACAUGGACCUGCAGUACCGCAGGACCUGGGACAGUUACGUCAAAGAGCUGUACGAGAGAGACCACGCCGGGGAGAAGGUCGUCUACUGGGAGGUCAAGUAUCCCUUCCCGCUCUCAAACAGAGACUACGUGUACACGCGCGAGCGGCGAGAGAUCGAGGUGGGCGGCCAAACCGUGUGGGUCGUCGUCGCCAAGAGCGCCAACGUGCCGGGCAUCGUGGAGAAGGCCGGAGUGGUGCGCGUCGCCGACUACCAGCAGAGCCUGGCGCUCACCAGCAACGGCAAGCACGGCACCAAGGUGUUCAUGCACUACUACGACAACCCCGGAGGGAUGAUCCCGAGCUGGCUCAUCAACUGGGCCGCCAAGUCCGGCGUGCCGGCGUUCCUGACGGACAUGCAGAAGGCCUGCCGGGGCUACAGGGACUACUGCCAGAAGGCGGGGAAGCCUCUCUGACGUGGCCGGGUGCGGGAUUUCUCCACCGGCUCUGCCACCGCUCUCUGCGUCUCCCGUUUACCGCGGAAGACGAAUCCGGGGGGCGGCUUUUUGUGUGCGUGCACGGCGCGUGUAGAUUUUUGUUUUUUUCCAUUAGUGCACGGUUUUUUUUUUCAAACGGCGGCUGAAGUGUUCCCGUCCCAAUAAACGUGCGCGUGCGUGCGUGUGCGUGUUACGGCUCCUCCGGCAGCCAAGGCUGUAGCCCGCAUGCCCAGCCACCGCAUGCCUAAACAGGUUUUGUUCGCCCGGAUCGAGGGAGCUAAACGGGCGUGGC